AUGUAUUCUCUGAUACUCCAUGGAAGGAGGUUGAUUGAGUUGCAGAAAUGUCGUCAUUUGAUAUCUGCAGCCCAAAAUCAAAAUCCCUUCUUUGCUUUUUCCAAUUACUUUUCCUCUGCAGCAGAUGUGAGUCGAAAAGAGAAGACUUUCACAGUCUCUUACCUCGUUGAUUCUCUGGGUUUGACUAGGAAAGUCGCUGAAUCAAUCUUUAGGAAAGUCAGCUUUGAGGACAAGGGCAAUCCAGAUUCGGUUCUGGAUCUUUUGAAAAGUCAUGGCUUCACGGAUUCUCAGAUCUCCACCAUCAUUAAGGAUUAUCCACAGUUGCUUAUAGAAGAUGCUGAGAGAUCUCUUGCUCCAAAGCUUCAGUUUUUACAGUCUAGAGAAGAAGGAGCUACUACAACGUCUGAGCUCACAGAGAUUGUUUCUAAAUUUCCAAAAAUAUUGGGAAUCAAAAAGGACAAAGCUUUGAGCGUAUACUAUGAUUUCGCCAAAGAGAUUAUCAAAGCGGAUAAGAGUUUGGAGCACAAGAAAUUAUGUCAUUCUUCUAUGCAACAAGGUAGAGCACAGGAGAACAAAAUCAGAAAUGUAUUGGUCUUGAGAGAAUUGGGUGUGCCUCAGAGAUUCUUAUUCUCAUUGCUUAUAUCAAAAGGCCAAAUUGUGUGUGGCAAAGAAAGAUUCCAAGAAUCCCUCAAGAAGGUCGUCGAGAUGGGUUUUGAUCCGACCUCCCCAAAGUUUGUCCAAGCUCUACGUGCUGUGUACCAAUUGAGUGACAAAGCGAUUCAGGCAAAGGUCAAUGCCUAUGAAAGGUUAGGGUUUGGUGUGGGAGAUGUAUGGGCGAUUUUCAAGAAGUGGCCUUAUUUUCUGAUGUACUCGGAGAAGAAGAUAUUGAGCUCAACUGAAACAUAUCUAGGAUUCACCACAGAUGAGUUAACGACGAUGGUCAAGUGCUAUCCUCAGUGUAUUGGAUACUCUGCAGAGUCAGUGAAGAAGAAGAGUGAGCUUUUGGUGAAGCAGAUGAAUUGGCCACUAAAGGCUGUGGUUUCAAACCCUUCGGUACUUGGAUACAGCAUGGAGAAGACGAUUGUGCCAAGGUCUAACGUUAUCAAAGCUCUCAUGUCCAAAGAACUGCUCGGAAGAAAUGGUGAACUCCCAAAAUUGUCUUUGGUGUUUCUGAGUACCGAUCAAGCUUUCUUAAACAAGUACGUUAGGAAUCACGGUGACAAGGAGCUGGUCCAUGAAUUGAUGGCUGUAUUCACCGGAGGUCGUGUUUCAGUUAACGAGCAACGUUGA